AUGACGGCCAAAGGAGCGUUCGCUCCGGAGGUAUCAAUGAUUAAACAUAGGAGUCCAUCCAAAGAGAUAAAAUACUUUGAUGACUCGUCGAAUUUGUUGCUUUUACGUGAUAAUACUUUGUCUAUCUCCUUUGAUGAUGGUAAAUCAUUUGAAGUUGUUAAAGCCAUUAAAGAUGAAGUGAUAUACUUUGAAAUGGAUCCUUAUAACAACAAGAGAGCUUUUGCAAUGGCCUUAUCAAAAAGCCAAUAUAUGACUGAUGAUCAAGGUAAGACCUGGAAGAAGUAUAAUGUUGAUUUAUUUGAUUAUAAUGCAGAGGAAAUGGCAUCAAUUCCAAAAAUUUCUUUCAAUGCUGCCAAUUCUGAUUAUAUGAUGAUUUCAAAUUAUCAUUGUCCUCCAGGGGAAAAGUUGAGUCAUAGAUGCAAACAUAAAUACUUUUAUACUAAAGAUGGAUUCAAAACUGUUGAAAAAUUACCUAUUGAAGCCCAUAUUUGUAACUUUGCUAAAUCUACAAAGAGUUUUAAACAAGGGAAAGAUGAAAAUAUUAUGUGUACUACUAAUAAAUUGAAUUCAUAUGGUCAUAUUUUGGAAUCGCACUUAUACAAAUCAGAUGACUUUUACAAAUCCCAAAAGGAAUUGAACCCAAUUGAUUCUGCAACUGGUGCAAUUAUUGAUAUUAAAGUUGAAGAAAGUUUUAUUGUCGUGGUUCUGAAAAUGGACAAGUUUAACGAAAAAUCCAGGAUUAAUAUUCAUAUUUCUCGUGAUGGUGAAAAUUUUGAAAGAGCUGAUUUACAAGUAGAAGUAAAAUAUGGCGUUAUGUCAUUCUUACCCUCUUCUCCAUCAUCAUUGUUUUUUCAAAUUUUAGAUUAUGCUAGUAGGAAAUUCCAAGCUUCUACGUUUUAUUCAUCGGAUUCUUCAGGAUUGCAUUAUAAGAAACUUUUGGAAGAUGUGGCAGGUGGUAAUGUUCAAAAAGUUCAGAAUAUAGAUGGUGCAUGGAUUGCCAAUAUUGGAGUUGAGUCACAAAAUCUGGAUGAUCAGGAUGAUAAAUCAUUUUUAGAUUAUCUUAUUGGAGGCACCUUCAAGAAAGAUAUAGUGACUAAAUUUUCCUUCAACGAUGGGGCCGAUUGGAGUCUAUUAAAAUUGAAUGGAGAUAGCGAUUGUGAUGUUGAAAAAGGGUGUUCUGUACAUUUAUGGGAGAAUUCAGAACUUGACAGUUCUGGAAAAUUCGUAACUGGUCCAACUCCAGGUAUAUUGUUAGGUGUGGGUAAUUCAGGCACUAAAUUAACUCAUGAUUUUUCAAAGAUGAAAACUUUUGUAUCUAGAGAUGGAGGUGCUACUUGGGAUAAAGCAUUCGAUUUCCCAUGUGUAUUUUCAUUUGGUGAUCAAGGAAAUGUUAUUCUUGCUGUGCCAUAUAAUUCAAAGAAAGAAUUCGAAACUUCCAAAAAACUUCAUUAUUCUUUGGAUCAAGGGAAAUCUUGGGAAUCCUUCGAAUUAGAACAUCCUAUUUAUCCAUUAGUCAUCUUAACCACUGUUGAUGGAACGUCUCGUAAGUUUGUGAUUACGGGUGUUGACCAAAUUCACAAGGACCAAGCUUCUGAGUAUGUCUAUAGUGUUGAUUUUUCAAAGGCUUUUGAUGAUAAAAAAUGUUCCGAUGAUGAUUUUGAAGAAUUUUAUGCCAGAGUUACAUUAGAUAAUGCACCAAUAUGUGUCUAUGGACAUCGUGAGAAGUUUAUGAGAAGAAAGCAAGACGCAAAAUGUUUUGUGAAUAAAUUAUUUGAGGAUGUUAAAGUGAUUGAUGAUCCUUGUCAAUGUAGAGAGUGGGAUUUCGAAUGUGCUCCAGGUUUCCAAAAAUCUGAGAAAAAUGAACUUGUUUGUGUUCCUGAUCCAAAGCAAUUGACAAAAUUAUGUAUAGGAAAAUCACAAGUUAAAUUACCAGAUAAGGUAUUAAUGGCCGAAAAUAAAUGUGAUAUGGGUAAGAAAAAGCUUAGCGACUUCGUGUCUGAAGAAUCCAUUAAAUGUUCGGACUACGUGGAUGAACCAGGAUCUGGAAAUGGUGGUUCAAAUAAAGGUGAUGCCCAUGAAGUUGUGGUUGAAUUGACUACUUUCGAAGGAGAAUUGGCACAAUACUCGUAUAUUGAUGAAUCUAAAGAUUUUGGAGCUGAUAAUGUUGUCUUGAAAACUACUAGUGAGUACGCAUAUGUUUCAAAUAAUGGUGGUGUAAGCUUUACCAAGAUUCCAGUAUAUGAAAGAAUUUUAGGAUUCUUUGUAGGGCCAAUACCGGGACAACUUAUUUUAGCUACUGAUACUGAUAUUAUUUACGUUUCCGAUGAUGGUGGAUCAACCUUUGUCAAGCAAAAAGCACCAAGGAAACCGCAUCCAAGUGUUGGUCGUGCUGUUGCUUGGCAUAGCACCCAAGCUCAUAGAUUCCUCUGGUUUGGAAGCGAUUGUGCAGACAAUGACAGUAUGAGAGAUUGUUCCAUUACCGCCUAUUUAACUGAAGAUUCAGGUGAAAGCUUUGUUAAAUUGAAAGAAAAUGUUCAAACUUGUGAUUUUGUUGGAGCUGUAUUUGAUAAACCGGAUAAUGACUUGAUCUUUUGUUCGGUGGAAGAAGAUCGUAGAUUGGCUUUACAUUCGUUAACUACCAAAGACAAAGAAUCAAAAAAGCUUUUUGACAGUACUGUGGGAUAUGCAGUCACCGGUAAUUUUGUCGUCGUUGCGACAGUCAAUGAAAAGAAACACGCUCUUCAAGCUAAAGUUACUGUUGAUGGUAAAGUAUUUGCCGAUGCUGAUUUCCCUCAUGAUUUCCAUGCCGAUUAUCAACAAGCUUAUACAAUUUUGGAUUCAAAAUCAAAAGCCAUCUUUAUUCAUGUUACAACAAACGCUGAUCCAAACUUCGAGUAUGGUACUAUCUUGAAAUCAAAUUCUAACGGUACUUCAUACGUUUUAUCCUUAGAAAAUGUUAAUAGAAAUAGAGUGGGAUAUGUCGAUUAUGAUAGAAUUGAAGGAUUGGAAGGUGUGAUCAUUGCUAAUGUUGUAAGUAAUGCAAACGAAAAAUCUGGUUCCAAGAAAUUACAAUCCAAGAUUUCUCGUAAUGAUGGGAGUGAAUGGAACUAUCUUGCUCCUCCGGCAAUUGAUUCCAAGGGUAAGAAAUAUAAAUGUACUGGUUCUCCAUUGAAUAAAUGUGCUUUACACUUACAUGGUUUCACAGAACGUCCAGACUACCGUGACACAUACUCUUCUGGCUCCGCUACUGGAUUCUUAAUCGGAGUUGGAAGCGUUGGUGAACAUUUAGAAGAUUAUUCCAAAUCGUCAACAUUCUUGAGUAAAGAUGGAGGAGUGACUUGGAAGGAAGUUCAGGAUGGUGUGUACAUGUGGGAGUAUGGUGAUAGAGGAACUAUUUUGGUCCUUGUGGAAGCUACAAAGGCCACCGAUAAAUUGUUAUAUUCAUUAGAUGAAGGUGAAUCAUGGAAUGAAUUCAAGUUUGCUGAUAGAGAAGUCAAUAUCUUAGAUUUAGCAACCGUUCCAACUGAUACAUCAAGAAAAUUCCUUAUCCUAGCCAGAGAUGGUGGUUCAGCUACAUUGUCAUAUUCCAUUGAUUUUACCAAUAUCCAUAAACGUCAAUGUCAAUUGAACUUAGAUAAUCCUGAAAAGGAUGACUACACAUAUUGGACUCCGGGUGAUGGCUGUUUGUUCGGACAUGAAUCUAAAUACUUGCGUCGUGCUAUUGGACAUAAUGACUGUUUUAUUGGAAGUGCUCCAUUGGCAGAAGGCUUCACAGUGACUAGAAAUUGUACAUGUACAAGACAAGACUACGAAUGUGACUACAAUUAUUACCGUGAUGAUAAAGACAAUACCUGUAAAUUAGUCCAGGGUUUAACCCCUCAAGGUCGUAUGAAGGAAAUGUGUAACAAGGAAAAUGCAUUUGAAUACUUUGAAUCUACUGGAUACCGAAAAAUCCCAUUAUCUACAUGUUAUGGUGGAAGGCAAUUUGACAAUUGGAAUCCAAAGGCAUGUCCAGGUAAAGAAAAAGAAUUCAAUCAACAUUAUGGUAAAGAAGUCACUGGUCAUAAAUUAUUUGCAGUGGUAUUUGUCCCAUUGUUGAUCUUUAUCAUUGCGACUUGGUUUGUAUAUGAUCGUGGAAUUAGAAGAAAUGGUGGGUUUAAGAGAUUGGGACAAAUCAGAUUAGACUUGGAGGAUGAUGGUGGAUUUGACCCAAUUGAAAAUAACCAAGUUGACGUAGUGGUGAAUAAAAUUGUCAGAGGUGGUAUCUUUGCAGCUGCUGUUGUCAUUGCCUCUGUAAAGACAAUCAUAAAGAUAGAUAAAAUGUUAUUAGAAAGAGUCAGUGGAUUUGUGUUUAAUAGACCAGGUACUAGAAGCUAUGUCAACAUACCUGACUUUGACGAUGAAGAAGCAGAAUUGUUUGGAGAUUUCCAAGAUAAUAUCGAUGAUGAAAUUGAAGAGGGUGCUAGAAUCAGUGAAGACUUUUCUAGACAUGAUAACCCAUUCCAAGAUGAAAUAGGUGACGUUGCCGAAGAAGCUAGUGUUGAACCAGAAGCAAACAAUUCAAACGAAAGACUUUUUGACAUUGAUGACGAAGAAGAAGCACCAACUCCAUCAAGGUGA